UAACUACAUCAGGUCAGCGUAAGGAAGAGGAGAGUUUGACAACAAAGCACGCUAAUGACAGGAUUGUGAAAUAACAGUUCCAGCGUCCCUAAUUUUUGAAAUAUUUUCUAAACAAGAGAGACUCCAACUUUCAAGAUGUCUCUAGCGGGCUUAAGAAAGCAGUUCAACAAGGCUAACCAGUUUAUGAGUGAAAAAAUUGGUGGUGCCAAAGGAACAGAACUUGAUGAGGAAUUCCUGGAAAUGGAGAGGAAAAUAGAUGUGACUGGAAAGCUGGUGGAAGAUGUGAUGGCUCGUACACAGGAGUAUUUACAGCCUAAUCCAGCCUCCCGGGCUAAGCUGAUGACAGUGAACACUAUAUCCAAGCUGAGAGGACAGGUCAAACAGACAGCAUACCCACAGCCAGAGGGUAUUUUGGGGGAGACAAUGAUAAAGCAUGGCAAAGACUUGGGAGACGACUCCAGUUUUGGUCAGUGUUUGGUUGAGGCAGGAGAGUCCUUCAAGCAAUUAGCAGAUGUAAAAUAUGCCUUGGAAGACAGUGUAAAACAGAACUUCCUGGAACCACUUCAACACCUGCAGAACAAGGACCUCAAAGAAGUCAAUCACCACAGAAAGAAACUAGGAGGCAGGCGUCUUGAUUAUGACUGCAAGAAGAGGAAAAAGGACAAAGGAGCACCAGCAUCAGGUUCUGCAAUAUCAGAAGAUGAGCUCCAGCAGGCAGAGGAGAAGUUUGAGGAGUCCAAGCAGCUGGCAGAGACUGCCAUGCACAAUUUACUGGAGAAUGAUGUUGAGCAAAUAGCACAGCUGUGUAAUUUUACUGAGGCCCUGGUAGAUUACCACCGCCGGGCAGGAGACGUGCUACAGGGUCUCCUCAGUAGCCUGGAGGAGCUGCGCAAUGAGGCUGCAAGCCGGCCUCGCUCUGAAUUUGUGUCCAAGAAAGUGACUUCUUCCUUCAGAAACUCUUCCCCAGCAUUUGACAACAACUUGGACUCUCUGGAUACCACUGGAUACAGUUUAUCCCCUGCCCAGCAAAGCUCCGAACCCCAACAAGCUUGCUGUACAGCAUUGUACGACUUUGAUCCUGAGAACCCUGGAGAGUUGGGCUUCCGUGAAGGGGAUAUGAUCACCCUCAUCAGUCAGAUUGAUGAAAACUGGUACGAAGGUUCCAUACAUGGCCAGACUGGCUUCUUCCCUGUCAAUUAUGUGGAGGUUAAAGUACCUCUGUAGAGUCCAGAAAAGGAAUUUGAAAAAAAAAGCACACUGGGUAGUUUGUAGUUAAAAUGAUAUCAGUUAAAGAAACUUGCACAGGGGUGAUUUAACAUGAAAUAUGCUCAUCUAGUUGAAAACCAAAGCAUGUGAAGACAUCACCACACAGUCUGCUGUUAAACCUGGUAUUUGAGCUUUGAAUUGUUAUAGCCAUUAAUGUAACCUAUGCCAAAAGUCUUAGUAUGUAGGAUGUCUUUAUGGGUUGUAUUUCUCCAUCAGUGGACAAAGAUGUUGGAGAUAAUUUUACACCAGUAAAUUCAUUUUAUUAUAGGGCUCCACUAGAGUUCUUGGAGUCUCUGUGAUUCUCUGCUGUUAUAAGGUUCUCACUUGUUGCAAUUGCUUGCAUAAUGUAUUUAAUUUACAAAACCUGAUUUGCUUGUUAUAUCUGCUCUUUGUAAACUUGUUAUUUGAAGUAAGAUGCAUGGAUACAAGGCAUAGGGAACGUUGGUUUCUUGUAACCAUGGUUUUAGGCUGUCUCUAUGAGGGAGCAGAUUCAUUCCAUAUUGUAACAUAUCUGUUCUGUAUUGCAGAUUUAAGUAUAAUGCACUACAGUAGUCAACAUAAAGAGUUUAAGAAUUGUAAAUUGUCUGGUGUAUUUCAUAAUAUUUGUUUUCAUUUAAAAGUACAGUGAUAUUGGUUGACCUUUCGAAAUAAUAUUGCAAUUAAAUGCAAACAUCCAUAUUGUAUUGAUAGUGAUAUUUGCAGUAUUUAAGUUUUUUUAUCUAAAUUUCAAUGUACCUAGACUGAUGUGGGCCUGUUGGGAGUUGCUGAUUUGAUGAUUAACCAGUAAUGUGGGGUUGGCAUUCAGAUGCACCUUUUAGCAAGCAAACUUAUAGUCCCAACUUUAUUUCUCAAAUAUUCAUAAGUCAUGUCUUAUUUGUGAAUGAGGCAAUGUAGGGUUCUUUGGAAGUUAUGAAUGUUAGUAUGCUUUGAGGUAUCAUUUAUAAGUUGUUUAAUUUCACCUUAAUAUACAAAACACUGCAACUGAUUGAGAAAGAGAGUUCUAUUAAGUAAAGUUUAGCCCAAUUUAUUCUAAUGAAGAAGAAAUAAAAGUAAAUUUAGAGUGAAAAAGUUAAUGACAUCCGUUUUCUUAUGAUUUGGCCUUCAAAAAUACGCUAGUGAUUUACCUUAUAAGUAUAGAUGCACCAUUUUGUAUAGUGAUUUUGUAUAAUUAUAGACUUAAGCCAAGGUCUAUAUGUUGUUUUGCAGACAUCAGAAAAGUGACAUUGGCCAAGGCAUAUAUAAGCUCACAAUCAUUGCUAAUUAUGUAAUAAUGUGUUAUUAUUAAGAUAAAUGGAAGACUGGAUAUAAAGAAUCUUAUUAUUUUGGAAUUUGUUGUAAGUAUGGCUGAAUAUAGUGUACAGAUUGUUGAACUUGAUUCAUUUCUGGUUUAUUGUGUUUCUUUCACUAUGUGCUGGUCACAUAAUUGGAUCAAUACUAUCCACCCAUCCUACCCAUUUCUACAAAAAAAGGAUGGGACAAUAUUCAAAAAGAAAAAAAGUAUUGUCCAAUAUUAAUCUUAAGAGAUUUAUUUUGACUGAAUAGAAUUGGUAACAUAGAUAUCAGUAUGACAUAUAUUGUGUAUUAAAGGUAUUAUUACAAUAAUUGGAGAAUAUUUGUGGUGAUUGCCUCUGUAUUUGUGUACAUGACAUGGAGACUCGGAGCAUAAGGGCUAUAACUGGUUUGUAAAAUGCCAUUAGUUUGAAUCUUACACCUCUACUGAAUCUUGCAUAGUCUAUACAGAACUGGUAAUAAAGUAUUUGUAUUUUGA